UUAAUUUAAUUGAUACAUCGUUAUAGCAACGUCACGAAGUAGCGACUAACUAAUCCUGAUUCAAGUGACAGCAUAUAGAGAAGCCCUAUGUACAUGUAUACAUCUAUGUAUAGAGUUGCAUCGUGCCACGUACAUGCAUACAUGUAAUACAUAUGUGUAUCUGGAGCACGAUGAUCUACAAUAACAGCUGCACGGUUUUUCAACAUAAAAUCAUGAACAUUUAAUCUUCAUAGAUUGAUUUCAUAAUUUUCCGAAAUUAUAUUUUCAUUGACGUACAGAUUGUUCAGUCAUGUUCUUUUAUAGAUAAUGAAUGAUGCUCAUUUAUACUUAAAAUGUGCUUUCCAUAAUACCCCUGAAAUUACUGUAUACAAUUUUUUGCUGGUAUUGGAAAUUAUGAUGAAUCUGCAUAAAUUGAAAUGUAUCGGAAAAUUCUUAUUACUGCAAGCUUGGGAAAGAUAUUACCAAUUUUGGAUUAAAUACCUAUUCGGGAAUUUUGUAUCCCCUUUCAUAUUAGUUAUCAUAGUUCUCUUUUAAUCCUUCACGUUUUAUUUCCUAUUGUUUAUAGCAUAAAUUCCCAAUAGCGAAUCUAGUUUUCAAUACAGGCUAUAUUAACAGAGAAAUCAGCUUCGUUUUCGAAACAACUUUCUACAUAUUGUCAGUAUAAGCUUUAACGACUUGUGUGCUCAAUAACGAGUAUGAAGUGUAUAAUUACUACGGCUUCGUCCAUUUUAAUCAAAAGUUGCAUAUGUAUGUCGCGUUAAUUGGUGCGUGGAAUCUGUAAUCCAAAUACAAAGGCACUCUUGUAACAAUUGAAUCACGGGAGUAUAACAGGCCCAUGAAUCUAGUAAUUAAUGUAACCAUUCUUUGUGUUUAAGGGUGGAUUAAAUCCAUUCAGUCAACCAAUUUUGUUUACUGACAAACUUUGAGUAUCGAACUGUUUUAUAAUAUCGACUGAAUGAUUAUUUUAUUUAUUAUGAUCCUUCUUAAAUUAUCGUUCGUUAUGACUGUAUAAGAAUUGUUCAAUAAAUUCAUGAGCCUUCAAUCUCUGUGUUUCAAGUGUAUUUCCGCCGCUGUUUCUGCAUUUGCAUUUCAUUAAUAGUAAACUGUGUUAAUGAAAUGCUUAAUAUUUAAUUACUGGUAUCGUCGCGUAGGCAAUGACAAACAAUGCGAAACGGCCGUAUGCAUAAUUAAUAAGAAAAACAUGGCUUACGCGUCGGUAAUAGUCGAGCGAAAUUUUCGAUCAUCGAUGAUCGUGAAAUUCGGCACUGCGAAAUGGAACGAUCAGAAUGAUCUAUAAAUUACAAAAUCGAACGAAACCCGCGUUAACAUAAUACGGGCGUUGAAAGCCUGCUAAACAUGUCACGCUCCGCCGUUCCGCGUUCUGUUGUUUUGUUUUCAACGGGUCGCAUCGAAUAACCCGGGCAAAUUAGUCGAACGCGAUAUAAAAAUGCCAGAACCUGCGAAAUUCGCAUGAAAUACAAAUUAUUUAUGCAAGUUACAAGUUAUUAGCAUUAAUCCGUGCAAUUUUAUUUUAGAUUGUGUUUACAUAACGUUCGCAAGUCUCACUUUAAUAAUCGUGCACCGGCCGCGAUUAUUGGUUCAAUAAAAGGUAUAAUGAUAAUGAUCGGGAAUGAUCCACGAUAAAUGUGGAAGCAACCUCGGGUUGUACUAGUCUUGAACGUGUUUCUUUAUCGUAUUAAAAUAGGGCGUCCGAGAAACCCUUUGCAGGGAACUGUGCUUGUGUGUUACGUUCCUGUCUCCGAGCCACUGCUAGGGGUGCUUGCCCUGCGAAUGAACUUAGACAGUAGGUUGCCGCUGCGAAAGACGGUGUUAACGUCGAUAGUCAUCAGACGAAUCGUUCAGUAACCCGAAUGUCAGUCGAUAUCUGUAAACUCGACGGCCAGGAUGGGAAGGGUCUCCCAAUUCACGUGCCACAGAACGUGGGAUUCUUGGAAACUUAUCGUUAUAUAAUGGAAGAUGCUGCAGAUCCCAGAGUAGCGAAUUGGUGGUUAAUGGGCAGUCCGUUCCCAUUGUUAGGAAUUAUAUCCCUUUACCUGUUUUUCGUCCUCCGUCUCGGACCGUUGUGCAUGAAGAAUCGAAAACCGUACAAUUUGAAUAAGAUCAUGAUCUGUUACAACAUUUUCAUGGCAACCACGAGCGGAAGUGUAUUUUACGGGUUGCUUACAUCCGGCUUCACCACAAGAUUGUCACUCGGAUGCGAGCCUCAUAUAAUUUCUAACGACCCAGAAUCUUAUCGUAUGGCACGUUGGAUGUGGAGGCUCCUGAUUUUGAAAAUCAUCGAACUAGGCGACACUAUCAUUUUCAUUUUGAGGAAAAAAUACAAUCAGGCCUCUUUCCUCCACAUUUAUCAUCACACGUCGACCGUUCUCCUCGCGUGGAUAGCAUGCAAAUUUGUUCCAGGCGGUAUGUGGACGUUCACGAUUAUGCCAAACUGCAUCGUGCACGUGAUUAUGUACACGUAUUAUCUGCUCGCCUGCUUGGGUCCAGAAGUGCAAAAGAGGAUCGCGCCUUGGAAACAAUACAUUACGGGGUUACAAAUGAUUCAGUUCAUCAUCAUGAUAUGUCACGCGCUUCAAUUUUUAUUACCUUCCUGCGAACCAAACCGGAAGCCAGUGGCCUACAUCUACGUGUCCCAGAUGUUCAUCAUGUUCUACCUGUUCUGCGAUUACUAUAAAAAAUCCUAUUCCAGAAAGAAGAUGGAGUAAAAUUCGCCUGAAUAAUAAAUGUACCGUGGCAAUAACAAUUUGUCUCCACCUAUUAUAUCGGCUUGUGUCGGCGUGAUCCACCUAAACGCAGGAAUUAUAAUCAUAGUUUAAUAACACACAUUCCGGCUAAUACUUCAAUAAUGAAUUCCAUCCGAACGGACCGACUAUACCUCGUACAUCGGCGCGCAACUUUUACAGCGAUUACGUUGCGACGUGGCAUACGUGUCAGACAGCUUUUAAUUACAUUACUGUAUCGAUCCGGUGUAAAUGAACCGGAGCGCGUAAAAUUUAUACGUAAAUACCGUAGGCAACGAUUAUCUGAUUUGAAUAAUCGCAUCUCUGUGCCGACAGGUAACUCCGGUUCGGAGGAACGCGAGCGCGAACGCGCCGUGUAAAAGCUGCUUUAAAAAUCGUAGAUUCGAGCCAGCCACCGUGUCCCGUUACACCGAUCCGUUCCAACGUCCCCCCGGGGCCGCUUGUGUGCGCGCGUAGUGAUAAUUCCGCGGAAAAUCAGACUGGCACGAUCGCGUGGACGCGCCGCUUGAUAUAUCGCGCCGGCGAAACGCAUUAGAAAAACAUGCAUCGGGAAGCAAGAGAACGCGCCGCGCCGCGCCGUGAUAUAAGGGCGAAAUUCUCGUAUACGUGUACGAGUCAGUUCGCAUUUUGCUCGCGGAUAUGCUUUUAGCCGGAUUCUUUGUUUCCUUUUUAGCGCAUACCUUCCCCCUCGCUCCAUUUUAUCUUACUCCGUUAUGAUUGAAAUAUAUUAUGUGCAUGAAUUUUUGUUUCGCGUAAUAUCGACGUGUACAGCCGCUCCAGCGGCGUUGUACAUAGCUGCGAUAGCGAUUUUAUUGAAAUUCAACAGCCAGUAGGAAGACGCUAACAUCCGUUCGACGGUUAUGUCGUUCUUAGACACGCUUACUUCGUACUUCGUCUGUUUUUUAUCCUGACCGAGGGAAGCGUGUGCGCUUUUGCAAGUUAAUCCGCUUGAACGUGAACGAGAUAAAAAAACAACUAGGAAGUGGAAUAAGUAUAGUUACAGUACACUUAGGCUGCGCAACGUUUUACUACUAUUAGGAUGUAUGUAUAUUUUGCAUGUGUAUCGACAUAAUAAACUGAUAGGUUUUUGAUGAAAGUUGUAAUUGGAACAAUUUACGUGUGAGUCAAUAAAAAU